AGUGCGUCACAUACCUGUGACGUCACUUCCGAUACAUGGAUGUUCUUUUUCUCCCUUUGUGAGCUAAAUUAGCAUUUCUUCCUUCACAGCUUUACUAAUAUUUUUGUUUUUGCCCUGAUUUUGAUGUUAACAUCCCUGUAACCACUAAAGAAGAGUGAAGUAUUCCCGCCACUGGAGUGUUACCCUUACCCAGUGAGAAGAAAAUAUGUUAUCAAAGAAUUUGGAGUUGAAGAGAUAAGUAGGUGCACUGAAGAAUAACAGACCAAACAGCCAAUCAGCAGCAUCAUGUCUGCCGAAGUGGACCUGUCCCCUCCAGAGGUCCCUGAGGCCACCUUUUUAGAGAGCCUACUGCGCUAUGGACUGUUUCUGGGUGCCAUCUUCCAGCUCAUCUGCAUCCUGGCUGUCAUAUUCCCAACAUCCAAGGGAUACGAACAGGAGGAGACUGAGUCCAACGAUGGCAAGGUCACCGAACAGCUGAAGAAACCUAAAGGACUGGCACCCCAGAUUCGACAGAAACUAAAGAAAGAGAGCAAAAAGAAGAGAUAGACAGCGGUGUGUGUGUGUGUGUGUGUGUGUGUGUGUGUGUGUGUGUGUGUGUGUGUGUGUGUGUGUGUGUGUGUGUGUGUGUGUGUGUGUGUGUGUGUGUGUGUGUGUGUGUGUGUGUGUGUGUGUGUGUGUGUGUGUGUGUGUGUGUGUGUGUGUGUGUGUGUUAACAUUGGCAGUUACCAAUACAAUUAUCACUACAGGUAUAUGAAACACUAAAGUCAUUUUACGACAAUAGAAAAUGAUGUGCAUUUAAUUUGAGACACUUGAGGAUGACCUUGACCUUCACAUUCCACACAGUAUUACUAAGAAUAAAUUGUCAUGGCGCUGAUUGUUUAUGCGGCUACAUAGUUCACUGGCUAUUUUAUUUGCAUUCAUUUUCUUUUAUAAUUGAACAUCAUUGAUUUGAAUAGUAUUUGGAUUUCAACAGACAAAUAAAAACAUUAUGGAGUCAUUCCCCUCA